UUGUCCAUAGAGACAAACCAGCAGCUUCCCUCAUCGAUCAUCUUCUCACUAGCCAUGGAGGUUGCCAUGUCUGCGGUUACAGGUGAACUUGUGAGCCGGUUGAUCUCCUUCCUGAUGAACAAGUACCACUCCUCCAGCCAUGCACAAUCAGAGGAGAAGAAGAUGGUGGAGAGGUUGCAGAGCCUCCUAAUGAGAGUCAGCACCGUCAUUGAGGAGGCAGACAGGCAAUACAUAACCAACACUGGGAUGAUGAUGCAGCUCAAGAUGUUCUCAGAGGCUAUGUACAGAGGAUACCGCGUGCUGGACAUCUUGAUGUACCAAACCCUCCAACAUAUUGGCUUCGACGAGGUUAGCAACGACUCCCCUAGCAGCUUGUAUUUAGCCAUUCCCCUCAAGCGCUCUCGGAAAACAACAUGCAAGCAUGAUGAGAAGGCGAUGCACCUCGGCGCCUUAGAAAGCUUAGAAAUUGUUGUGGCUAACAUGGCAGAGUUUGUUGUGCUACUGUGUGGAUGCGAGCGCAUGUCUCGUAGGCCUUAUGACAUAUAUCUCUACACCGACAACUUCAUGUUCAGCCGACACGCUGAGAAGCAAUGGCUCUUGAGCUUCUUGUUGCAGCACAACGACCCUCCCGGUGAUUGUGCACCGGCUGUCCUUCCGAUAAUUGGUGGCGCUGCAGUUGGGAAGAAGACUUUGGUUGCUCAUGCGUGUGGCGACGAAAGGGUUCGCACACGCUUUCCCUCUGUUUUGCACUUGAAUGGAGACAACUUUAUGAGGGUUGACCAGGGAAGGACCAUGUUAGGGAUGAUGUUGAUAAUUAUUGAGUUUUCUUCUGAUAUAACUGAUGAUGAUUGGAAAAGGUUUCACUCAUUUUCCAUGAGGAUGAGCAGAGGAAGCAAGAUCAUAAUCGUAGGUAGACUUACAAGAUUAGCCCGAUUUGGGUCAGUGAAACCAAUUUUCCUAAGUGCUCUAUCUUACGAUGAGCUGAGGUACCUUUUCAAGACAUUGGCAUUCGGAAGCAUAGAUCCGGCGGAACAUCCACGGCUACUACAAAUAGUUGAUGAAUUUACGGAGGUGUUGCACAAUACGCAAGGUUCACUCGUCUCAGCAAAUACGUUCGCGUAUGUGUUGAGAAGAAACCUUAAUGUUCAGUUUUGGCGUUGCAUAUUGAACAUGAGAAUAAAAAUGGUUAACAGAAACCUCGCCAAAUAUGGUGUGGACCCAACCCUUCUUAUAGAUCAAGGCCAUCCAGUGGACAUAACGGACUAUGUUUUGCAUCCACUAAGCAUGACACGCUAUAAAACUAAUGUUUCAAUCAACAAGGAAACGCCAAUUGUGAAAUUUGGGGAACUUGUAGCAGAUCCUAGCAUUAGACCAAAACAAGACUUCAUUCUAGUUUCAUGGGAAUCAAGGAUGCCUCCCCACAAUUCAUUUUCUUGUUUUGUCACAAGUCACACUGAGGAUAGCCAUGACAGCAGUGCCUUGCCAGGGAGGAAGCGACGAGGAGUGUUAAUCUAA